AUGUCAUCGCAGCGUCGCAUCCCCACCAGCGUCAACGCCACGAUCCACACUUCCGGUCUCGACGAGCCGAUGCGACACCUCCAAGUCGUCAAGCCGACGGUGCGCAACGAGAAGGAGGAGGAUGUUGGAGAUGAGAAGCCGCCGUACAUCCCCCACUCGGCCAUCUACCCGUCGCGCAGCACGUCGAAUAGCCCCGAGGAUCAGUCCAUCGAGAACCAACAGCCCCAAAUCGAGGUGAUCCCAUGCAAAGUGUGCGGCGACAAGUCCUCCGGCGUCCACUACGGCGUCAUCACCUGCGAGGGGUGCAAGUUUGCCAUUUCC